AUGGAAGAUAAUAAUGGGAUGGUUGUGCCUAUGGAAAUGGAGACUAAUGGGAUGGUUGUACAUGCGGAAGUGGAAAGUCAACCUAUUCAAGUUAUUCCUCCAUCACAAGAAAAUGUCUCUACUUCAGCUUUCUAUCCUCAAGUAAGUAAUGAGCUUAAACCCUUCAAAGGUGGUACUCCUAAAAUGAUUAUUACUGAUCAAGAUCCAGCCAUGGAAAAAGCUAUUUCUGAAGUCCUCCCAGACACAUUUCAUAGAUAUUGUAGCUGGCAUAUCUUGAGAAAGUUUUUUGAGAAGCUUGAUGCCAUCAAAUACAGAGAUCACUAUGAUGACUUUAGAAAUUGCAUUUACUCAUCUGAGAAUGGAGAGGAUUUUGACUUCAAAUGUAGAUCAAUUCUUGCAAAAAGUGAAUUGAGUGGACAUAAUUGGCUGCAAUCAAUUUAUGAAAUUCGAUUUAGAUGGUUUAAUCGGAGUCUUUUACACAAACGGCAUGAGGAGUUGAUUUCAGAUCAUAGUGACAUCAAUGAGAAGCCUAAAUUUAAGUGCCCCAUUAAGAUGGAAAAGCAAAUGGCUGAUAUUUAUACACGGAAGUACUAUUACAUGUUUCAAGAUCAGUUGUGGGAGAGCUAUAAUUACAAUUUAGAGGUUACAACAGAGGGCAAAUCUAAUUGCAUACUUAAGGUCAUGCGUGAGGAUCAUGAGGAUGGAAGAGCUCAGGUCAUUAUGUAUGACAAAUCAAAAGAUUUUGCCCCAUGUAGCUGCAAAUUAUUUGAGAGUGCAGGAGUCCCAUGUAGACAUGUUUUGGCAUUCUUGCACAAAGUACGUCAACUUCAUAAAUUGCCAGAUCAAUACAUUUUGAAAAGAUGGACAAAAUCUUCAAGAUCUGAGGUUGUGAUGGACAAGAGUGACACGGUGGUAACUGUUAGGAAGACCUUACUUGAAAAACGUGGUCUAUUGUUCCAGCAAUAUUCACAUGUAAUUGACAGUGUUGUCUUAAGCGAAGAAGCAAGUCAAUUGUUUCAUGAAACAAUGGAUUCUUGGAUUGAGAAGAUUAGGCCACUACUUGCCAAUUUUAGCAGUGAAGAUGUGAAGCCUUGUGCAAAAAAAAGUUCAACUCAUCAAACUAUUUUUCGUGAACCAGAUGAAAUUAAGACAAAAGGAAUGGCAAAAUGA